UUUGGCAUGGCGGACAGCUCUACAUACUACGAUUACCCAUGACCCUCAACUUGUUGGCCAUUGCUAUGGAGAAGAAGCCAGUCAGAGGCGCAAAUCAUAGUAGUAUAAGUAGAAAUAUAUUUAUCCACAAUUCAGAUGUACUUUAAUUCACAUGCAGACUGUUUUCUCAAGACCAUAAAGUUUUGGCUUCCUCCCACCAUUUGCAGAGCAUGUAACAUAAUUUUAGCUCUGUGACUGGAUGUUUCUAGCAGAAAUGCACAUUGGGAGUUAAUUUCUCUCUGAAGUUUAUACAAGCUUGUACCUUCAAUUUUUAAUCAAUGAAAAAAACAUUUAAAAUCUCUGAUUCAUGUCUACCCAAGCUGGAGAAGUGUUCCAACUAGGAGUCACACAAUGUUGUCUAUGGGAAAAAUGUAUCAGACUUCCAGAAUCAAGGGUGCCCAUAAUAGCUCCUCCAACUUUCCAACUCUAUUUACUAUUAACUGGGUACAUGUAUCUGUAAAAAAAAAAAGAUAGUCCACAACUAUAAACGUGUGUAUUGUGGAACCUCUCUCAGUUUACCACUUGUAGUAUUGGAUACUGAACGUAAUUUCCAUUAUGCAAGGAACUUGGAAAAAUGAGAAAAUAAAGCCUUGCUAUUUUUGGUUAGCUUUCUACAAGCAUGCGUCUAUAUUUUUUGAUGGAGAAAGAAAAGGCAGUCAGGCAGUGACAGAAAAGGCAGUGCCAGGUUCUGAUGGUCAGUGGAAUUUUAAUAAGACCACUGCGCUGGCUCAACACAAUGCAUCAUCAUCCUGCUGCGCACUGCAUUGGCCAAUCAAAUAUGUGCAUGCAGUCAUUCCAAGUUGAUUACUUUAUACUGUUACUUUCUGAUGAUAACCAUGGAAAUUUCUGACUUGAACUUGAAUUCUCUUGAAAAGAGUAUCACAAAUGCAUUAUUAAUUGUGGUGAAGCUCUAGACUGUCCUGUGUCGGGGUGGAACAGGUUCAGCAUGUCCUUCACGCCGUAUCGGGGACACUCCUUCACGGGCCAGGUCCUUCAGAGGAUCUAGCCCGUGAAUUUCGGAAAUAGCCAGUGUAGAUCGGAAGUUGAUAUAGGGAUGCCAGUCCUUGAUGUGCUGGCUUCAUUUGCUUACAAUAGUAGAACUAAACCCAUGCAAAAACAUGGUACUUAAAUUGCUAUAUGUACAUAACUGCAAUUUGAAUCUUCAUGUUCAAGUAUUAAAGUCAGUGUUGGUAGCCUCACUGUUAGAAAAGCAGAUGUGGAUCUAAAAAUGCACUGUAUCAACACUACAGUCUUGGCAGGGGCAAUCUCUUUUCCUCUUUUCUUUUAAGUUUCCUGGCAGGAAGCCAUAUUUCCAUUAGUUGUUAUCUGCAAUUAAGUGCAGAGUAAGUAAAUUACCAGUUGUGUGUGUGUGUGUGUGUGUGUGUGUGUGGGAAGGGGGGGACAGUUAUGAUGAGGUGCUGUAAUGUGAAUUAUUAAAGAUGACAAGCUGCUUGUAGCCACAAAUGUUAUACAGUCUUUUUAAAAGUGUGUUGUAGGAUAAGUUAAAACUGAAGUAAAAGCAAAAUAUUGUGUGUCAUCCAAACCUUGGUAAACAAAACCACAAAACAACAACAUAGGCCUGCAGUCACGAGGGAAAUCACUUUCCCGACAUUUCUCUCCCACGUGUAACUUAGUCAGUUCCGUUCACCUCAUCCACCCAUGUGUUACUCCCCCAUCUCUGUUCAUGCCACUGGGGUGCUAAACCGGUUGAGCGCUUCCCACGCUCCUCUCCGCCCAGGCUUGUCCCAGAGUCAAACUAUGCUGCCUAACUGCAGCCAAGACUCUGGAUCAUUUAAUAACAGACGCAGGAGCUGAAAUUUGUGUGUACUAAAAGAAAGACCCCACUCCAUUGAGAUGAAUAACGCUUAGUUUCUCAUGGAUUAUCCUUCUCAGUGUUUCUUGGCCCCUACACCAAACAAGGUAAAACAUUUGUCAACAUUAUCAAAUUUUAUAUUCCACUGAAUGUAAAAUGAAACGACAAGACUAUCAAAUGAUUAGUUAAGAAAAAUUUAACAAAAAUUGCUGGUUCCAGCUGCUGUAAAGUUAGGGUUUGAUGGUUUUCCUUGGUUUAUAUCAUUCUGACUUAAAAUAACAGGCCUUUUGGCCCUAACUACUAAUAAAAUCCACAAUUCAGUCUUGUUCGUGAACAUUUCACAAAGUGUUCUGAUAAUAAGAAGUAAUAAGAAGUAGGGUUAGGUAUCUUACUUUAAAUGUUACAAGUAACAUAGCAAAAAUGUCAAAGGAUGCCUUGCCCUUAUCAGAAGAGCACACAGGUUGGGAGGUGGUAACCAAACCCUAACCUCAGUAGUUUUGUUGCCUUUCUCAGUUUUUUCACCUACUGAAGAUACCAAAAUAAGCAGGCUGCAAAUAUACCUUGACCUACCUAAUAUACUUAGACCACUGUGCCUCCUGAGCCAUGUGGCUGGUCUACUGGUUUCAUCCCCGGCUCAUCCAAAGAGAGUGAUUAAGCAAGACACUAAACUCCUAACUGCUCCUGAAACAAACACUGAUGACUGGUCAAUAGACUAGAAAAGCGCUAUAUAAAUGCAGUCUAUUUACCAUAUUCAUUUAAACAUUGUUUAUCAGACUAAAACAACACUGACAUCAAAACGUCAUAUUUGUGGUGAAACAACAGUGUUACUGUGACUGGUGGUACUAACACUGGAUCCACCCAUUAAAAAGUGAAUGUAACUGGACUUGAGACCAAGAGUAACUUAACCAAAAAACACCUAGAAAUAUAACCAAAUUGCUAUGGCAGAGCUGGUUGGAACCAGUACAGUAAUGGUAGUAGCUGUACAUGCUUGAGACAAAAAAGUCACCAAUGCCCCCCGAGAGGCUUAAUAGAUUUACAAGCAAAGCUGAGUAAGAAUGUUCCCUUAGAGUUAAGCAGUGUUCAAGAAUGCUGGGCCACUUCCAAAGCAUUACGCAGCAUGUUGUCAGAUGUCUCUACAUAAAUGACUCCUAAAAUACCAGACCGUUGCUCAUCAAUGUUUGUGGGACAGAGGUAGGAGGGCAGGGAGGGGGUAGGAAAACCGGAGAGAGGAAAAGACAGAUGUACUUUUAAAAAUAUUGGGUGGGAUAAGGUUUGGCUUAAACUUAUUGCUGUUAUUGCCGCUUUAAGCAUCUUGACCUGUCUGUGUCACUGUACAGACAUGUUCCACCAUGGGCCUGCGUUCAACACUGGGAAGUCUCCUGUUUUUCUUUGGGCUAUAUGGGAUCUCAACGGGAUUUGUACAGGAAAACUGUACCAACUACAAGGUCCAGUUUGAGAGGGUUUACUCUGUUCCUGGGGAUAUGGCUAUGCUGAAUAGCACCCUGGUGUCUCCAGAUGUCUUCAGCUUCACAACUGUCCCUUACAACAUCACCUGGUACGACUCAAAGACGGGCCGAGAAAUGAGCAACCAGACCGGUCGAAUCCUGGUUUACAGGGAGACUCUGUGGUUUCUUAACAUGACACUGGACGAUGACGGGGAAUAUGUGAGCAUACUGAGAACUCCCUCUCGCUGCUACAGGCAGGCCACCAAGCUGGUAGUGGAACUGCCAAAUGCCGGAGAGUGUGGUAGGCCAAGGAAAGCUAUUCAAACACUUAUGAGGGGAGUCACUGACAGCCUGUCCUGCCCUCUGAAGGACUACAUCAAUAAACUGAACAGCUACAACAUCACUUCCUCCAUCAAGUGGUACAGAGAUUGUGACCCCAUUGUUGAUGGGACAGGCAAGUAUACCUACUGGGAUACAACCCACCUGAAGAUUGAUGGGGUGGAACCUCAAAACAACAGCCUCUACACCUGUACCUUGACCUUCACUCUCGGAGGCAUCACAGGAUCCGUGUCAGAGACCAUUGACGCAUGGGUUAGAGUGGAGUAUAAUUUGGUUCCAGAAGUGCAUGAACCAGCCAAUGAAAUAUUCAAGGCACAGAUAGGGUCCAAUUUCAGCAAGCAGUGCCGAGUGUUUGUGCCAUCUGUUGGGAGCCCUUCAGUUGAUAUCUUUUGGUUGGUCAGAGGCGUUUUGAUUUUCAAUACCAACCCCUCUGAACGUGUCUACACGUCAAAUAAACGUUUGUGGAACCAGGAUGUUCCUCGUAAAGGUGUGUGGUUCGAGCGACAGCUGUUGGUUUCUGAGCUGAGGGAGGAGGAUUUCCACAUCAACUACACUUGUCGAGCAUACAGUGCCAGAGGCAAUCCUGAGGGAUAUUUUACUCUGCUACCAGAAGAUCCCAACAUCAUACUUCCCAUUGGAUUCAUGCUUGGUAGCGUGACGGUUCUCUUUAUCAUCAGUGUCACCAUCUACUACCUUUUUAAGGUUGACAUUGUGCUGUGGUUCAGGAGAGCAUUUCCAGUCCUCUAUUCAAAUAAAGAGUUGGAUGGGAGGCUGUAUGAUGCCUAUGUGGCAUACCCACAGCCCUUUUCAAUCGGAUUCAGCAAGGAAGUGGAGACAUUUGCCCUUCACACACUGCCUCAAGUGUUGGAAAAUGCUUGCGGCUACAAACUCUUCAUAGCAGGCCGUGACUGUCGGCCCGGGCAGGCCAUAGUGGACUCAGUGGAAGAGAAUAUACAAGCCAGUCGCCGCCUCCUUCUGCUCUACACCGCCACCACUUUCACCAGCAAAAGACACACAAGCAGCCUUAGCAAUAAUAACAACAACAUAUCUAAGAGCAAUGAGAGCACCGAAAGCAAGACCAGAGACAGCAGCAGCAGCAGCAGCAGCAUGAGUUUUGAUGGUAGUGAAGAAGUCUAUUCAGACACAAGGCAGCAGUUGGAGUGCGUGGCAGCAAUGCACAGAGCGCUGCUGGAGGAAUCUCUCAAGGUGGUUCUGGUUGAGUUGGAAGAAGUCACCCGGGCUCAGCUGGCUCUUUUCCCAGAGUCAGUGCGUCACCUGAGGAAGAAGCAGGGCGCUGUGUGUUGGUGGAAGAACCCAACGACGAGUCAGAGGACAUGUAUGAAGAGGAGAGAGGACGAGGAGAAAAGUGGACAAAACACACAGUUGUCGCCAUCCCUCUCCCCUUCCUCCAGGUUUUGGAAGGAGAUGAGGUAUCAUAUGCCAGUGAGGGGCAAGAGGGUGGUGUACCCCGAGAAAUCUCCCCUUCUAAACUUAUGAUGGAGUUAUAAUAUUUGUGUCAACUGUUUGACCAGACAGGAGGGUUUCCAAUGCAAAUGUGUAUGGUAGUGAAUGCCCUCACAUGCAGACAGUUAAAAAAAACUGUGCUGUCACCAGAAGCAUUCCAAGUCAAGGUUACAACCUUGGCCAUAACAUACUCUUACAAAUGUCCACUCGACAGAUAUAUUCUUCCUUUAGCUUCUAAUUGUGUAACUGCUCAAGUAGCACAUUUCUGACAGCAAAAGGUCCUAUUUGUACCAUGUACAGCAUGCGCUAAAGGCAAAGUAACGGAUCAAGAAAAGGUGGGAGAUGCUUUGCUCAAAGACUCUAUGACAGUAGCUCACAUCUGAUGUGAAGAUGUCUGGGCUGUUUUGAGAUUACCUGCAUCGGUACAUGAACUGUUUACCUUCCCUGGCAGGUGGAGACCAUAGACUGUAUGAAAAAUGGACAUAGUCUCCGUGACGUCACCCAUAGGUUUCUGAAGAGAGAUUGUGAAUCUCUGUGUGGUGGCACCAGCCGUUGGGUGGAGGUAGCAGACAUCUAGCAACUAGCCACCUGUGAUGGCGCCCACCUGUCACUCAAAGCAGGCAUGCCCUUAAUUAUGCGUAACUGUAAGCCUUAUUAUAAUUGAAAUGGGUGAGAUUUAUAAAAAAAAAAUCCGUACAGUUGUCAUCAACAGGGGAAAUUAGCUAGAGAGACCAAAACAGUUUUUUGUUUUAGGCUGUAAAUAUGUUGUUUAUUUCUACUGUAAAUUUAGGCAUUUUAAUAUGAAGUUUAUGUGGACUGAAUUUCUUUUGGAGCGGCCAUUGGAGGAACUACAGUUUUUGGCACUUCCACGUUUAGCUUAAUUUUUCAGCCCUGGAGGUUGAGGCUUGGCGGAGAUAAAUGAUGUGGACAAAGGACGACUCAGGAAUCAAACCAAAUGAUUAAAUGUAACUGUAAAAUGUACAUAUGUAUGAUAAAAUGUGUAAAUAUGUAAAAAGAAAGAAAUAUUUCUACAGCAUCAUAAGAAGCCAAGAAGCUAAUUUCAUUUUAAAUGUACUGGCAUUUCUGUUAUGAGUGUGUUAUGUUAUGUUACGUUAUUGAACUACAGAUGAGGAACAGUAAAGAGCAACAGCCAAGGA